AUGGCGCGGAGAAUUACCAAGCACGAUCUAGCUGCAGCUACUCGGGUUGGGCCAUUCUGUGGUGUUCAUUUCUUAGCAGACGGCAAGACUAUCGCCAAAACCGGGCAGAACACUCGUCUGGCUGAAGCCAACACCAUGAGGUUCAUUCGUGAGAAUACGAAUAUCCCCGUCCCAGAGGUUUAUGAUGCAUAUACGGAUGACGAAACCGGCCAUGUAUGUAUCGUUGUGGAGAAAGUUGAGGGUCAAACGCUCCAUGAGGCAUGGCCUAGCUACAAUGAUGCAGAUAAAGAGACAGUCGUCCAGCAGCUUCGAGGGUACUUUAACGAACUGAGACGCUUCAAGAGCCCUAUUAUUAGCUGUACUGAUGGAUCACAGUGCGAUGAUCAAUACUUUGGUGAUGAUAUCGGGGGCUACGGACCGUACUCUACGGAAGAAAGUUUCAACCACGGUUUAGUGCGGGCAUGGACGAAGGGGCGGGAGGACGAUGCCUUCAUACGAUUUCUCUGCAAAAUUCUACUUCACAAUAUGCAGGGCCAUGAGUUCGUUAUGACUCAUAAUGACUUUGCGCCUCGUAAUAUUCUUGUCCGUGGAUCUCAAGUUGUUGCUAUUUUGGACUGGGAGCUCUCUGGUUAUUUUCCCGAGUACUGGGAGUUUGCAAAGGCAAUUUGGAGACCUAAGUGGGAUAGUCCUUGGAUGAAAGAUGAUCUUGUUGAGAGGGUACUUGACCCAUAUUAUCAACAAGCUUCUCUAAUUCUGAAUACUUCAUAUACUAUUUGGUAA